CAACUUCUUGCAUGACAGCGGUGAGCUGGCGGCUCAUAGCAUGGAUGGACAAGGACCAAGACAAGCCAGGGGUUGAUUUCGAAUCUGCGACCAAUAGAUCUUACCCGACCAUUUUGGCGGAAUGAGGUCUGAUUAGGGUACUCCGGAACGCGAACCUAUCUUCCUCUACCGCAGAUUACCACCACACCUCACGCCUUUCACCUUCUGUCUUCUCUAUUCAGACUAGAGAAUGGUUAGGCGACCUGCAGAAAAAGACAUGUCCCGUCAACCCGUCACAAACGGACACGCAUACACGCUUAUCUUCUUACUUCUCUACCCCAAUCAUCAUCACACGGUGAGUAGUAGGCACACGUAUCUGAGAUCAUCAAGCAGGACGCCAGGGGUUCGGUCGGCGGGUAAUCUCCUUCAAGCGCAACAUUCCAAGACACAUCAUCUCUGCAAGGGAAAGCCGAUGAGAGGGCUAGCCCUGAUAACGGUGAUCCUGUCGAAUGAGCAUCAACACGUUGUUAGCCGCGCAUGUCAGCAGAGUGUGGCAGGUCGCGUCGUACAAAAAGAGCUUCUUGUUUCAGGGCCGCAAACAGAGAAGGCCAACCAUCAAAGAAGCGAACUCACACCAACACGCCACGGGUACGCCUCUCCGAAGCCACGCAAAAGCCUUUCCGAAGCUACAGUAACCAGACUGGCAGUCCAAUCUAAUACCAAUCUGCUUCACCGUGCUCGCAAACUUGUUGUCUGUGUUAUUGUCCGAUACUUUCUUGCUGCCCAACUCCAAUAUUCAGCAACACCACUUUCUCGCGUUUCCAUGGCAUUUCCGAGCAUGUGUCAAAUAGGAUGGCGAGAAAUGCUUGUUAUGUUUUCACUGCCAUCGAGAAUGGAGACUUGAGUUCGUGGUACUUCGUCAUUCGAGCCGUGUGUCUGUUGUGAGACUCGUAAUAAGGGGGCUGAAUGGCUGGAGGGCAGUCGAUGCGACGACAAGGUUGUGUUUCUAUUUUUGGUAGCUGUGGUCGAUGGGGUGACCCUGGGUGCUGUAUCAAUUGUUUCGGCAGGAAGGUCGACUUGGUUUGCUGCUCGAUGCUUGAAUGACCAGAAUGAUUAUUUGUUUGGCUCCGAAGUGAGACUGUCACUAUCCCGGUACACCGCGGUGACUUCAAUUCUCGUUCUGUGAGAAGCAAAGUUGAGCUUGUGUU